GGCGAACAAACAGAACUAUUGAACGUGAUGACGUUCUCGCCCGGCGUUGCACCAGCGACGUCAGAGGUACGUAAGGACGCACGCACGCACGCGCGCUCACGUGCGCCAGUGGACGACGGGACUUUGAGGAAGAGGUCGAAUUGUUCCGGACGCUCCGUUUUUUUCACCAGACAUCAUGAGCUUGCUGCUAGUGGAGGCUUUUUACGGCGGCUCUCACAAGCAGCUGAUAGACCUUCUUCAGAAGAACAUAGAUGACUGCGUGGUUUAUACUCUCCCUGCUAAGAAAUGGCACUGGAGGGCCAGAACGGCGGCGCUGCACUUCAUGCAAACUAUCCCAAACAGCCAGUCGCACAGGGUUUUAUUAACGAGCUCCGUGCUAAACCUCGCCGAACUGGUGGCCCUGCGGCCGGACCUCGCCGCUCUGAAGAAGAUCCUCUACUUUCACGAAAACCAGUUGAUUUAUCCGGUCCGUAAAAGCCAAGAGAGAGACUUCCAAUACGGCUACAACCAGAUCCUGUCAUGCUUGGUGGCCGACGUGGUCCUGUUUAACUCGGCGUUCAACAUGGACUCGUUCCUGUCCUCUAUCUCCGGAUUCCUGAAGACGAUGCCCGAUCACCGACCCAAGGGCCUGGAGCAGCUCAUCCGGCCCAAAUGCAGCGUCCUUUACUUCCCCAUCCGCUUCCCUGAAGUCGCAAGAUUUCUGCCUGAACACAAGCUCCUGCUAAGACAAACUCAGUCUGAGAACAGUAUCAGCUUGCAAGAUUCCCAAAAGCAUCCUGAGACAGCAGCAGCUUGCUCCACGACAUCUGAAAAUGAGGAGGAACGAAGAAUCGAGCGUGAUGCAGAAGAGCCGGAGCCUGGACUAGCGUCCAAGCGGUAUCCUCAUCCAGAAAGAGGAACGCCGCGGGCGCUGCACAUCGUCUGGCCUCACCGUUGGGAACAUGACAAAGACCCCGAGCUGUUUUUCCAGACAUUGCUAAAGCUGGCGGAGCGAGAGCUGAGCUUCGAAGUGUCCGUCCUCGGGGAAACGUUCACGGACGUACCAGACGUCUUCGCGGAGGCUAAAGAACGCUUGGCUCGCCACAUCCGCCACUGGGGUUUCAUGCCCAGUAAGGAGGACUACCUCAGAACGCUGUGCCAAGCAGAUGUUGUCGUUUCCACGGCCAAGCACGAGUUCUUCGGCGUGGCCAUGUUAGAAGCAGUGCAUUGUGGUUGUUACCCACUGUGUCCAAAGGCUCUUGUCUACCCAGAAAUAUUCCCUGGUUCCUAUCUGUACUCAACACCUGAGCAACUGUUUAAGAGACUUCAGGGUUUCUGUAAGCAUCCACAUUUAGUGAGACGACAUGUCAUUCAGGUGAACGUUGGAAGGUUUUCCUGGGACACUUUGGGACACGAGUACAGAUCUCUGCUGGCGACGAGUUCCGGGAACACGUCGUGACGCUUAUUCACAGUACAACACGAACCUCGCUCGGGAUCGACACGCUUCAAUUAAGUGAAGCGACGUGAAAGGACGAUUUCAGCAGCACUUUACGAGCGGCGUCCCGUAUUUCCGGAUUUUAGCAAGUUUAUUUUUUAUAAACACUUAAAGCCGAUUUCACCCAGUUCUAUUAUUAAACUAGAAUCCCGGGUAACCAUUAACAGGUAAGUUGCAAAUUAUAAUAACGGCAAAUAAAGAAAGUACAAAAGGAGGACAAGAAUAACCAGGAAUACAAGAAAUCCCCCAAACGUGUCCUACAGUCAACUAAAAUAAAGUGUUACUCAUGACUCUCAUAACAGACACAGCCACAAACCUACCUCGGCCUCACCACCUCUCCACUAAAACAACAUCCACAGCACAAGGGCCUCAACACUGAGCACUUUUACAUGCAUAGUUUUAAGGCAGAGGAGAAAAAAAAACAAGAAGUAAAAAAUAAACAACCUAGAAACCUGCGACCGCCGUCCGUGUUUUCCGCUUAGGCGGUGCCACCUCACAUUUCGGUUCGGCUCCAUUUUUAUCCUUUUUGUGCCGGAGCUGAGCUGCACGGCUGGAAUCUUCGCUUCCCACUCGGGCUGAGUGGCGGCCAAAGUUGUGGCUUGAAGCUCUUGUGGGCUCCACCUGGGGGUUGCCAGGUUGUGACAGAGUCCCCCGAGGCUCAGAAAAGGUUAAUAGGAGGCCUUCACAGCACUGUGGUGGAGUCUAAAUAUAUUCGUAGUGUUUGCGUUCGAAAAUGAACCGCCGUAUAAUUAGGGGGCCCAGGAACUAUGUAUUUAUAAGUAGUCAAGAAAUGUAAAGGGGAAGAUGAAAAGCCAGAUUUCCCUACAAGUAUGUUUGCUUGUCAACCCUACGUGAGUGCUUGGACCCUUUGAUCGCUUCUCCCUUUUAAUCUGUCAUGCUGAAAUCAUUUAAGUCGCGCAAUAGUAAAAAAUGACUGCAAUAUAUCCAUUUCUAUUCUGCUACCUCACCUCGGUGACUUGUUGUUAAUACAAAUGUAUCGCUAAUGCAGGUGCAGCAGAUGUGAGAUUGGAAUUAAAGAAAGAAAUGAAAUCA